AUGGGUGGUGUCUCGGAGUCUGAAACGAUGUCCCACAGCAGGGAGGAAUCACCAUUGCAGUCUGACCAACAUGCCAAGAACAACCAACUAUUCACGUCCUUAGGAAGAGAGUCUUCCAUCUACUCUCUCACUCUCGACGAGUUCCAGCACACCCUCUGUGAGAACGGCAAGAAUUUCGGGUCUAUGAACAUGGAUGAGUUCCUCAACAGCAUUUGGACUGCUGAAGAAAAUCAAGCCAUCAACUCCACCCACCACAACAACAAUAAUAACCUCAAUGCCAACCACAUCAACAAUAUAAGCAGCAGCAAUGUCCAGCACCACGCUUCGAGCGAGGUCUCUACGGAAAAAAAGGGUAUGAUUGCCAGGCAACCAAGCUUGGCACGUCAGGGUUCACUCACCCUGCCUGCGCCAUUGUGUAGGAAGACAGUGGAUGAAGUUUGGUCUGAAAUACACAGGGGUCAGAAAGCACAAGCUCAGCAACUAAACAAUAACCACAAUGAUAGCAAUGAUGGUGCUCAGAAUUCCGAGUAUGCUGCUCGCCAGCCCACAUUUGGGGAGAUGACAUUGGAGGAUUUUCUGGUAAAAGCAGGGGUAGUUCGGGAACCAGAUUCAAUGUCAGUGGCUCCCCUCCCGCCCCAACCCCAACAGCAACCACAGCAGUAUGGCGUAGUGGGACAAAGUUUUAUGAUGGGAAUGGGUGCAAAUGCUGGUGCUAGCACUAGUACUACUCCUGUUCUUCCCAAUUAUCAAACUAUCCCUCAAGGUGGAGCCCCGGUGGGAGAGUCACCCGGGUAUGCUACAAAUGGCAAGAGGAAUGGGGUAUACCUGCCGCCACCGUCACAGGCAGUUUGUUUUGGUGGGAGAAUGGUGAACGGUGGCGGUGGUUAUGCCCCAACACAGCCAAUUGGGAUGGCUGCUCCUCUGAGUCCAGUGUCAUCAGAUGGGAUGUGUGCGAGUCAGAUUGAGAACUCAGGGGGCCAACAUGGUAUGGGUAUGGGUGCACUGAGGGGAAGAAAGAGAAUUAUAGAUGGUCCAGUGGAGAAGGUGGUGGAGAGGAGGCAGAGAAGGAUGAUUAAGAAUAGAGAGUCUGCUGCAAGGUCUAGAGCCAGGAAACAGGCAUACACUGUCGAGUUGGAGGCAGAACUGAACCAGUUAAGAGAAGAAAAUGCAAACCUUAAACAGGCACUGACUGAGCUUGAGAUGAAACGAAAGCAACAGCACUGUGAGGAAAUGAGAAAAAGAGUUCAGAGCAGGGCGCAGAAAGCUAUGGAGAAGCUGUGGAUGCUGAAGAGGAGUCACAGUUGUGCUGUGUGAUGCACAAAUCAAUCAUAAAAGGAAGUGAAAUGUCACUGAGGAAUAGAUGAAUCAAAGUUCCCCACUAAUGAAUGCAACUAAGGAUGUUCUGCACGGUGCUGAAAAAAAUUCCUUCAACUGUGUUCUAAGACGAUAUGACCAUAGAUAUGUGCACAUCGAUUGAGAAUAGUAGUUCAAGAUGUGUAAAACCAAGUUGAGCUAGCAUAAA